AUGGAGAUCUAUUACAUGUACACGAAGACGGGGAAGGAGUUCGGGAGGCACGCGAGCUUCGACGACCAGCCCACGGAGGUCGUCACCGACAUUCGCCCCGAGCCCGAUCUCCGCGACGGGUACAUCGAGCGCAACCCAGUCGUGACCAACGUUCAGGUCGCGCCGGACAUGUCCGAGCACGAGGCGAACACGCAGCAAGUUCAUUUCGAGAACCGCGGCUUCGCGCACACCGAGGGCGGCUGGCCCAAGGAGGUCGACCCGACCGAGAUCGAGCACGUCAUGCGCUACCGCAAGAAAAUCGAAAAGGACGAGGAGUACAUUACGUCCAUCGCGGGGAUGAUCGGCGAGGUCGAGGAGCUCGUGAAGCAGAACAACGCGGUGGACAUCUACGAGGAAUACUUCGCCGGGUCCGUCGCGGAUCACUCCACGGAGCAGCCCUACGCCAAGACGCUCACCGUCUUUCGCGAUCCCUCGCCAAUCAAGCGAGCGGCGUCUUACAUCAGCUGGUCCCCCGACUCGUCCGCGGCGAAGUGCGCGAUCGCGUACUCGAUCCUCGGGUUCCAGGAGCAGCCCGAGGGCAUGUCCAAGCGUUCCUACAUCUGGGACGUCAACGCGCCCAACAAACCCGAUUUCUACAUGCGAUCCCCGUCGCAGCUGUGCUGCGUCAACUACAACCCGAAGGAUCCGCACAUCCUCUCGGGCGGCCUCUACAACGGACAGGUUGCCUACUACGACACCCGCAAGGGGCACAACCCGGUGGACUUAUCCCCGAUCGAGAAGUCGCACAGGGACCCGUGCUACGACAUGGACUGGCUUCAGUCCAAGACGGGCACCGAGUGCUUCUCCGUGUCCACCGACGGCUACGUGUACUGGUGGGACAUUCGAAGGUUGGGCGAGCCGGUGGAGGAGCUCCUCCUGAAGGAGAGGGGCGGCGACACCGUCCUCGGCGCGGUGAGCGUGGAGUACGAGUCCAUCGCGGGCCCGACCAAAUUCAUGAUCGGAACCGAGCAGGGCACCGUGUUGAUGUGCAACAGCAAGGCUAAGACGCCCGCCGAUCGCGUCGGCGCGUCGUUUCACGGCCACCACGGACCGGUGUACUCGCUGGAGCGAAACCCGUGGUUCCCAAAGUACUUCAUGUCCGUCGGGGACUGGACCGCGCGGGUGUGGAUGGAGGACAUAAAGACCCCGAUCAUGACGACGCGGUACCACGGGACGUACCUCACGGGCGGCACGUGGUCGCCCACGCGGCCGGGCGUCUUCUUCACAAUCAAGAUGGACGGCGAGAUGGACGUGUGGGACUACUACUACAAGCAGAGCGACCCGACGCUGAGCGUCAAGGUGACGGACAAGCCGCUGACCGCGUUCAACAUCCAGGGCGAGGGCGCCACCUCCGAUCCUGCCGCCGGGCGGCUCGUCACCGUCGGCGCCGCCGACGGCAGCGCGACUCUCAUGGAGCUCUGCGACGGUCUCGCCGUCAUGCAGCCAAAUGAGAAGCCCACCAUCAACCAGAUGUUCGAGCGCGAGACGCGCCGGGAGAAGAACCUCGAGGCGAGGCAGAAGGAGCUGCGGAACGAGGCGAAGCGGGCGGCGGCGCGGGCGCAGCAGGACGACGACGGCAAGGCGGCCACGACGUCCAACGGCGCGGUGAUGGAGGCGGAGAAGGAGUUUCUCGCGGCGACGGGGUCGCGGACGUCGCAGUCGGGCGCGGGCGUCUUUGAGGACAUCUCGCCGCUGGAGGUGCCGCUGCGGGACGAGUGAAGGCGUCGGGGCCCCCCCGGGUGGGUCGUCGUCGUCGUCUGUAGGAUUAGUUCUAACUUAGCGCCGCGAUUGAAAGUCCGACACGAGGCUAUACCG